AUGGAUAUUAAUACAGAGGAACCCGAGAUAGGUAAUUACUAUUGAUUAUUUUGCAGGAAAAAAAGUGUGUGUUGAGCCUGUAAAUCCACCACUACGAUUACCUACUAAAAUUGAUAUAAGCGUGGUACAAUAUUUUUAUUAAGAUGAAGAUUGAUCACGAGACACCUAAAAAGUAUUUCAAAUUAAAAACUCUCUAAAAUUUGUUAAUGUGGUUAUUUUGCAAGAAUCAAGUGAACCCACUAUGGCUGACUGUGACUGUAAAUUUUUGUUAUCAAUAAUAAAAUAGAAUAAGCAUUUAAUCAGAUGUGGAGUAGUGAUGAAUUUGAAUUUCGGGAUAAAUUUGGAGACUUCUAAAUAUUUAUCUACCUUUAGUCAAAAAGACAAGAUUGUGUAUUUCAAAGAAUUGGAUCAGGGGAAGGGAAACUUUUGGCAGUCACUAUUCUAUACUAGGUAUCACGAAGAUCCAGUAUUCCAAACAUAAAAGCAAUAAUAAUUGGAUUCGUAGAGUGGUUUACAAGAAGAACAUAUCUACAAUCAAUAUAGGAAUUUCGUCUUAAACAAGGAAUAGCUUAAAUUCAACUUUUACCCAAUUGAUGAAAAUAUCUAUCAUGAUUAUGUGAAAUUAGAUGGGGAAGUGCAGACCAACAGGACGAACAUAUUUGCAAUGGAUUGCGAGAUGGUGCAGACAGAAAACAAAUUAGAACUUGCGAGAGUGUCGAUAGUAGAUUACAAUUACAAAGUUGUGCUUGAUGUAUUGGUCAAACCACAAACAAAGAUCUUGGAUUACAACACUAAGUAUUCAAAGAAUAAAAUAAUCCUGUAGAUAUAGCGGUAUAACAGAGGAUAUGUUGAGUAAUGUUACUGUUACAUUGGUUGAGGCAUAAAAGAUGGUGAAAUCUAUUUUGGAUGAAGACUCAAUUUUGAUCGGUCAUUCUCUGGAGAAUGAUUUGAAUGCUUUGUAGAUAAUACAUCAUAAAUGUGUGGAUACGAGUGUGCUUUACAUGACAGAAAGUAACAGAAAGUUAUCAUUAAAAAACCUUGCAUAUAAAUAUUUAAAUUUAACUAUUCAAAAGGUAAAUAAUAAAUCUAUUUAUAGGACACUCACGAUUCAAAUGAGGAUGCCAAAAUCGCAUUGUCUUUGGCCAAGCUAAGAAUCGAAAUUUGGGAUCACUUUCCAAGCACUUUGUUUACUCAAUAAUAAGCUGCUACUCCGGAUGUCUUAAUUUAGCUUAAGAAGUUGGGAGGCAUACAUCUAGUGGAAUCGAAAUCGGAAGUAGAAUUCCUGUUAAAAUACGAUGUUGGUUUUGAGGAUGUCGAGUAGAUCUCUGAUGAAAAGAGUAAUUAAACCUUAAAAAUCAAAUAGAAAUGUAGAGGAUGGCUGAAUUGCUUAGGUAGAGGAAUGCUAAUGCUGUGAAUCCCAAAUUGAUCUUUGCUCAGAUACAAAACAACUUUGAGGAGUUCGAAACUUCUUUUCAGAACAUGUAUAAUUUGGCCCCUUCUUAGACAAGUAUUUUGUUACAUUAACUUUUAAGUAUUUAUACUGUCAAUUGGAGGAGAAUAGUAAUAAUUUCUGUUAAUUACCAAAUGA